UUAGUCAACUCUCUCUCUCUCUCUCUCUCUAUUUUUCUCUUUCUUUGUUCAAAGAUGGAUGAGAUUGAACACAAGUACAUAGAUGCAAAAGGAGGAGCAAAGCUUCACAUAGCUGAGAUUGGAAAUGGGUGUAGUAAAGUGGUGAUAUUCAUCCAUGGAUUUCCAGAAAUAUGGUACUCAUGGAGGCACCAAAUGGUUGCACUUGCUCAAUUUGAUUACCAUUCAAUUGCAUUAGAUUUGAGUGGCUAUGGCCUAUCAUCAACUUCAAAAUCAAACUCAAAUUCAAACCCAUCUUUCUAUCAAUUUGUAGAUGACAUACUUUCAAUUCUUGAGUUUUUCAACUUUGAUAAGGUUGUUUUAGUAGGAAAGGACUUUGGAUCAUGGGUUGCCUAUCUAUUUUGUCUAACUCAUCCAACAAGGGUUGCCGGAGUCAUAUCACUCGGUGUACCUUUCCUUCUUCCUAAUCCUCAACGCUACAAGAACUUUUCGGAAGGUUUCUACUUGUCCCGGUGGAAGGAAUCUGGAAGAGCUGAAGCUGAUUUUGCUCGUUUUGAUGUGAAAACAAUUUUAAGCAAAAUAUAUAUUCUCUUCUCUAGACCUGAAAUUCCUAUAGCAAGUAAAGAUAAAGAGAUUAUGGAUUUGGUGGACUUAACUAACACACCUCUUCCUCCUUGGCUAACCCAAGAUGAUCUCGAAAUUUAUACUACGUUAUAUCAAAAUUCUGGAUUUGAUUCUCCAAUGCAAAUUCCUUACAAGGAACGACACGAAUUCAAAAUAAGUAAUCCAAGAAUCGAAGUUCCAAGAAUGUUGAUAAUGGGAGGAAAAGACUAUUUUCUUAAGUUUCCGGGAAUAGAGGAGCAUGUGAAGAGUGAGAAAUUGAAGGAUUAUCAUGUUGGUGGUUUGGAGAUUAAGUUUUUGGAAGAUGGAACUCAUUUCAUGCAAGAGCAAUUCCCAAACAAAGUGAACCAAUUCCUCAUCACCUUCCUAAAAGACCAUGUUCAAAUCUAAUAGACUUAGAAUUUUAUUAUGUCUCAAUUUCUAUUUUAUGUUGUAAUGAACACAUUUUAUAAUAAAAACCUACACAAGAUGUGUGUGACAUAA